AUGGCAGUGAUGUCAAUGUUUGUGAAUAAAAAGGGUGAAAUAAUCGAAAGGUUUCUUGCCGUUGAGUAUGUCAGUGACACUUCAUCACGUUCUUUAAAAGCGGUUGUGGAUAUGUUGUUUGCUCGACAUAAUUUAUUUAUUUCUAGAUUGCGAGGUCAAGCAUAUAAUGGAACAUCCAAUAUUAGGGGAGAGUUUAAUGGGCUGAAGGCAUUUAUUCAACGAGAAAAUCCUUUUGCUUUUUAUGUCCAUUGUUUUGCCCAUCAACUGCAUAUUAUUGUGAAUAUUGUUGGUGCUUUUUGCAAAAGAAGUGAUGAAUUAAACAAACAUAGGGAUGCUGACAUUUUUGAGAAAUUAGAGACCGGUGAGCUUACUAUAGAAAAAGGGCUUAAUCAACAGAUUAAUCUUACAAGAUCGGGUGAUACUCGUUGGGGUUCACAUCAUGUCACUUUAGCCCGUUUGUUGUUCAUGUGGAGUUCAGCCUUAUAUGUGCUUGAAAGAGUUUAUGAAGAUGGAACUGAACCAGAGCCGAGGGGCAAAGCAAAUGCCUUGAUUAAACUGAUGGAAGACUUCCACUUUGUAUAUAUUCUGCAUCUGAUGCUUAAAUUAUUGGGUAUAACAAAUGCAUUGUUGCUUGACUUACAACAGAAAGAUCAAAAAAUUAUCACUACGAUGAACUUGAUAGAAGUUUCGAAAGUAAAGCUAUAA